AUGCUCACACCGACUUUGACUCUCUUCGUCCUCGCCACCUCCGCCAUCAGCGUCACGGCUUCGACAUCAGGUGUUUCCGAUGUCCUUUUCCGCGUUGGUGGAGCUCGACAUCACGAUCCCGAGCUCCUCGUCGCUCGCGGUAGGAAGCCCAAGCGCUCGGCCCUCGACCGGUUCGGAGCCUCUCGUAAGCGGGACAAUGUGUUGAUCCAUUUGACCCGAGGGAUCUCGAAGUGUGCUCAUCACCACCUUUUUGAAUUUUCUCGGUCGGGUGCUUCUUUUUGACAGUGACAGCCACCGGGAGUUCUGGCUUCACCCAAUGCGGCCAAGCCGACAUCGUUUUCAAAGGCUCGGGCAACGCCCGACCCCUCUCGCUCGUAUUGAUCGACCCUGGAAAAGCAUCGGCCGCGUUCAAAGCCGGUCUUUCGACGUUCAAAGAGGCCCAGGCGCUGUCGCCCUAUGCCAUCUAUAGCGUUAGUGCUCGGGACGGUCAGGCGUUUCGUUUCACGCUCCCCGUACCCUCUCGUUAUGGAUUCGACGCGUAUGCCUACUUCAACAACGGUACGGGCAAGUACUUGGGCGCCGGCACUCGUCGCGUCGGAGCCCCUGCUUCGAACGCAGCCAAGUGUAUCGUUUCUUGCCGCAAGGACCACUACUCGUUCGGUACGUCAUGUUCCCGACUAGGGUCAUCAUCUCGGCCGCGCGCCACCUUUGCUGAUAUGUUUUCUUCGCCAAUCGUCAUCGGGCGUGACCAGCCAACGAGUGCAAGAAAUGCUCGUCGUCGUUCGGAUCCAACACGUUGACAUGUGACGCCUCGGGCGCCAAGACCUGCUCGAAAAACUUUGUCGUCAAGAAUGGCAAAUGCCCCUCCGCCACCGAGACGAGGCCUACGACCGCUGCCAAGACGACCACGCGAAAGACGACUCUUGCAGCGGAACCUACUGGUAGCAGUCGAUCCUCGACUUCGGUCAAGACCCUCUCGUUGAAUGAGCACAACAAGUUCCGCGCCGCGCACGGUGCAAACCCGCUCGUGUGGGACGACACCUUCGCCAAGUACGCUCAAGACUAUGCCAACAAGUGCGUGUUCAAGCACAGUGGUGGACCUUAUGUAAGCCUGCCGUCUCUUAACAUUUUACUCGCACCAACACAUGUCAAUAUUGAGCUCCCAAAUCUCACGAUCUCAGGGCGAGAACCUCGCCGCCAUAGCUGGUGAUGCUAGCGCCACCGUCCUCAGCGGGAUCAAGUUGUGGGAGAACGAGGAGAGCCAAUUCAACUGCACCAACCCCGUUUACAGUCAUUACACGCAGAUGGUGUGGAGGUCGACGACCAAGAUUGGUUGUGCCGAAGCCAACUGUCCCCCGGGUUCAAUCUUCAGUAAACUUUCUUGUUGGAAUGGCCUCAGCAGUUUUUGCUGGAGCGCGGUUUAGUUGACCACUUCACCGGCGCCUGUUCACUCACAGGUCCGAGUCUCAACAACCAGAAGUACUGGAUCUGCGAGUACUCUGACACCGUCAGUAACUUUGGCGAUGCUACUGUAAGUCGCCAUUGACUUUGGUGCUGCUGCUGUAACUCGCCAUCGCUAAUGAUUUUCCGCCGCGCAAUCACCAGAAUUACUGCAAGAACGUCAAUGGAAAGUAA